UGGAGGUGAGCGGAGCGGCGCCCUCGGAAGCGGAAGCUGGAGCGAGGCUGCCGCCUCCCAUUCUCUCGGAGCGCGCGGCGCGCACGAAGGGAGUCGCCUGGGCCUGCCUGUCCCGGGCCGCCGCCCCGCGCCGCCAUGAGCCUGCCCCUCAACCCCAAGCCGUUCCUGAACGGGCUGACGGGGAAACCGGUGAUGGUGAAGCUGAAGUGGGGGAUGGAGUAUAAGGGCUACCUCGUCUCCGUUGACGGCUACAUGAACAUGCAGCUUGCGAACACAGAGGAGUACAUAGACGGUGCAUUGUCUGGACACCUGGGUGAAGUUUUGAUAAGGUGCAAUAACGUUUUGUACAUCAGAGGUGUGGAAGAAGAGGAAGAAGAUGGUGAAAUGAGAGAAUAGGUGUUUUGUAUAUCUAGAAAUAAACAUUUUUUUUUCUUUUUGUUUUCCAUAACUUUGUAAUAAGGUGUUUACUUUUUGUCCUAUUGUGUUCUAAUCUGAGGAAAGUUAACACUUGAAAUGGUCUCUAAUCGUUGGUUGGUGUCUGAAAAACUCAUGCUGGAGGAAUAGGCAGUUAUUUCAAUUUAAAGCUGAAAAUAUUAGAGUGAAAAGUGAGUAUUUAAAACAUCAAACAAACUGAAAAGACCCCCUAAACCAACUUCUAAGUGUUACCUGUGUCAGCAGAUGCCAUACUGUCAAAGGAAAUAUUUGAGCUUAAGUGGUCGUUGCAAUGAAUUAAAUCUGCGAAGCUGUGUAUUCCAAAAGAGGUGGUUCAUUCCUAUAUUGGCUCAGUUCAGCAUCAGUAUCAGUGCUUUGCUGUCAGGCAGCCACACUGCCGUGCAGGCAAGUAUAUAAUAGAAGGUGAAGAAUGUUUCAUCCUGUGUAUGUGACUAUCCUGUCAUUCUAAGGUGCUGAAUAGAUUGGAACAGCUGCAGGAAUAGCCCUUCUCUCCAUAACGAUGAUAAUACAGACUGUGGAAUGAGCAGCAGUCUACUUUAAAAAAAUAUCCUCAUCUGCCUACACUGGACCACUGACGAUUUGAUAAUUCCUUCAGCUCCAAGGUGGUUAGUUAAAAAGAUGCAGCUAUAACACUUUGUAGUCUUAUUUCAGUACUGUAAGUUGUCUUCAGUAUUUGCAGGAAGCUCAUUCUUAGCUGUCUUCUCUAUUUUGAAAGCUGUGUACCAAUUAUCUUUCGUUCUGAAACACAGGAAAAUAUGGCAGUUUGUAUAGUUUACAGUAUGUAUGUGGUUACUACUUAGUCUUUAAACCUAUCUGUAAACAAAUUUGAAAUAGUUGUCAAGACUUCAGUGCAGGUGAGAUGUGGGGAUCUGUUAUACCCCAAUGUCUGUAGGAAAUAUUUUGCUGCUUUGAGUCACAAAGCUUGAGGUGUGGCUAUACAAUCCUUAUUGUAAGGACAAAUCUGUAUUGACUUUGUAGCCAAUAUCCACACAAACAAAAGCGUUCUGGCAGCCAUAAAGGUCCAUAGACUUAAAUGACAUUAUUGGAGUGCAGACAGCACACUGCAAAAUGAGUGUUCUUUCCCAGUCUCUGUCAUAAAAAGCAAGUCUGUCUUUGUUACCAGCAAUCCAGAAUGUUAAAAAGUUUUGGCAGGAACACAAUAACCAUGUUUUUAAAUGUCUACUCUGAAACAGUGAGGUUAACUGGAUAUCUCCUGCUUAUCAGCAUUUCUUAAUGAAAAGCUGUUGCUUUGCCAGUGCUGCCAGUCUGAGUCUGACUUGGAGGCACUGAUGGAGCCAAGAGUCGCUACCUGUAAGGGGUGGUUUGGAGAGACAAAGCAGAACCCAGAUGGCAAGGGGUGCGCUUCGUGAACGUAAAUUACAGCUAUU